AGUGAGGGGCGCGGCCGAGCUGGCUGCCAGCACCGUGUCGUCGUUUUUGUCAGGUGCGCAGCAAAUGUGGAUCACGUGACUUGAUUUCAUAGCCCAAGCAAGAAGCUCAACGAGAUUUGCUUCGACAGUGCGGCCAGUCUUAAGCCCGUUGCUACUCGGGAGGGACGUCAGCAAAUACUGCAGGUUUCUGUGGAAGAAUUCAAGCAGCGUCAAUUACAACAGGUGUGGCCAAGCAAAGAAAAACUACAAACAUGAGACGUGUCUCGACAUGAAGAUUCCAGAUGAGCACCUGGCUGGCUGCAAAGUGCACCCCCAGGCUAACUCUACCCGCGCCGUCGUUCUCAGGCGUCCGGGCGCCGGCGUGGCCGACGUGGACUUCCUGUUUUACCUCCACGUGCAAGCGUCGGACAAGUGCAGGGCGCAGCCUGGCCUGUUGGCCUACGCCGCCCACUGCCGGACGGACGCCGGAGGGAGACCUUUGGCUGGCGUGGUGGUCCUCUGCAGGGAUAGACUGACAAAACUGACUGCGCAGGUCCUCCAAGGUUUCACUUUGUUCUUACAGUGCCAUGUGGAAGACAUGAAGCACCAUGCACCUACUCUCCUCCACUCCCCCCCCCCCCCUCCCAUCCAGACCGUGCUCCAUGAGCUGCUCCAUGCGUUGGGCUUCUCCAAAGAUCUUUUCGACACGUGGAGAGACUGCUCGUCCGAGAAUGAUUUUUCAGCCGGUGUCACUUGUUCCCCUCGGGGAAAAGUGACUCACGUGGACGGAUGGGGCCAGAUGAGGCUAUACACCCCGUCCGUCAUCUCGGCGCUCCGGAGGCACCUGGUCGCCGCCGACCCUGAGCUGGGGGCGCCGCUGGAGAACUGGGACGCAGCCCCGGGGAUGGCGUCCUCACACUGGGAGUCCCGACUACUGCAGGGUUCCGUCAUGUUGGCCACGCCCAGCCGGUCCGGCAUAGCGCGGAUCGAUCCGCUCACCUUGGCCGCCUUUCGGGACACGGGCUGGUACGUCGUCAACGCCAGCCGGGCGCAGAAUCUCGUCUGGGGAAAAGGUGAAGGAGCUUUGUUUGGUUCCACGUCGACCUGCCACGACAACUCGUCAUCCUUCUUCUGUAGCGGCAGCGGACUGGGAUGCCAUCAUUUGCAUGGCCACAAAGCGCGGUGCCAGAGCGAUCACUACCUGGACGGCUGUCGCAUCUACAAACCCCUGGAGAAGGGCAGCGAGUGCUGGGAGAAAGCAAACGAGAGGAAUUCAAGUGAAGAGCGCCAAGGCGGCGAGAUCUUUGGCUCGGACAGCCGUUGUUUCUUCUCCCAUCUGAGCACACUUAACCACAGUCAGCUCAUGGUGACGGGACGCUGCUACAGACACAAGUGCAGCGGACUAAACCGCUACCAAGUUCAGGUGCUGGGCUCCGAUUGGGUGGACUGCCCAGCAGGUGGCAGCAUACAGAUAAGAGGAUACCGGGGUUCUGUUUUCUGCCCCAACGAGAGGUUGUGUUUGGAUUGGGACGUCAGGCCUCCCUCAAAGGCCGAGGAUGGUGUCCCCACAGGUCAGCCAGAGGUCACCAUACUCCAGGAUGACACCCGGUCAGCGUACGGACCUGCUACAGAUCCCCUGGUCACCACUGCGCUCUGCGUUGUAGCAGCACUGAGUGUCCUGGUUUUCGGUCUGGCCAGCUCCAGAGGUUCCCCCUGCAAAGUUCGGAUUCAUCCGGCUUUGGGGGAUGUGUAAUUGUUGAGAAGAUCCUCUUUCCGGAUCACUGUUGCAAACAAAACCCCCCCAAAGAACUACCUUGUGACUGCAUGCUCAUUUGUGGUGUGUGUUUUGUUUUGGAAUCAUGAAUACAUGAAAUACGAAAACUCUCA